AGAUAGUCCUAAAAAUCCAAUAACCUUAAAGAAUAACCUUAAAAUAAUCAUAAAAUUACAACUUCAAAUUAAUAAGAAAAAUAGAGUUCGUAACAGAUAAAGAAUAAUUACCUCUAUUUUUAAAUAUGUCUACAAGAUGGUAUCCAAUUUACCAAAAAGGGGGGCCGCAGUUACGAGUUUUUUUACCUAAUUUUUGGUUGAAACUUGUUAGGACGGAACAGAAACAACCCCAGAAUGUUGUUCAGUUUCAGUGUUCCAUGGAAAUGACCAAACAUGACAUUAGAAACUACUUGGAAAAGAUUUACAAUGUUACAGUUGUAGAUGUUCGUACACGUAUUGCUUUGGGAAAAACGCGACAAGUUGACAAAGGCUAUGUAGUGAAGGAUGAUGAUAUUAAAUACGCAUACGUAGCAUUGCCAAAAGAAGAAAAAUUUGAGUUCCCCGAUUUAUUUCCAAAAGAAAAAGAGACAAAAGAAGCCGAUGAAAAAACAUUGGAUGAAGUGAAAAAGGGUCACAAGAAAUUCCUAGAAAAGAAUAAAGAUAGACAUAAUAUCCCUGGCUGGUUUUCAAUUUGAAUUUAAUGUUUCAUUGAGAUAUGUAGAUAUUUUUUUUAAUAAUUAAGAAAAAGCAAUUAUCAAAGUGGGGAGACAUUUCUAUUCUUCACAUAAAUAAAAACAAAUAAUGGA